GAAGCGUGAUCCCUGCGUGAUCCCGUCCCGGAUCCGCUGAAGGAGGCGCGCCGGCGGCGCAACUGUGACCCAUGGCUCCCCUCCCUCUCUUACUCCCCCUCCCCUUCCUGGGCGCCUCAGUCUCCCGGCUCCUGCCGCAGCUGCUGGGACGGGGAUCCGCCGCCGCCACCAUGUCGACCGCCAAGACCCUCAAAUCUGUGGACUACGAAGUCUUUGGCCGAGUGCAGGGUGUUUGCUUCAGAAUGUACACAGAAGGUGAAGCUAAGAAGAUGGGAGUUGUUGGCUGGGUUAAGAAUACUAGUCAGGGAACAGUAAAAGGCCAAGUUCAAGGUCCUGAAGAUAAAGUCAAUUCCAUGAAGACCUGGCUAAGCAAAGUUGGGAGCCCCAGUUCUCGUAUCGAUCGGGCUGACUUUUCCAACGAAAAGACCAUCUCUCAACUUGAAUACACUAAUUUUAGCAUUAAAUACUAGUGGAAAGAGAAGUUCUUAGAAUAAAAUUAUAAUGCUUGUGUGUCACAAUAGGUUCCACACUCUAUUAAGUCCAUAAAUGGAUAAAUGUUAUGCUUUCCAUAACAAUGGAAAUUUGUUCUUAAAAACGUAAAGUUAUAAUGUCACUAAAAAUGCCUGGCACUGAAAUAAUUUAACUUGAAUUUUUUAAAGGGAUGAAAGUAGAAUCACAAAAUGAGAAAAUAUUAGUAUAAUAUAUGUAGUAUGAGUAUCUAGUUUAAUGUUAGCCUACAAGGCCUUAGAGUUGAAUGAACAUGAGUACAUGAAUAUUGUUUCACUAUCCAUCACAUAAUAAAAUUAACUAUUUAAAAA